UGCAUUAAUGCCUCUUCUCCUGGCAAAAAAGAAAUGAGGAGAGCAAGAAUCAACAUGACUUAUCUUUUCCUGUUGCUAGCAGCCUCACUUCAGAUAACCUGGCAAGAUUCUUCUGCCUCUUUGGAAGAAAAACUAUUUAAAUCACUAUUUGGUACAAAUGCUGUUUAUCAGACCCACAGAAAUGGCAAUGGCCCCCUUGUAGUGAAUAUCACAGUGAUUAUGUCUAAUGUACUAGAUGUGGACAUCUUGAAAUACACCAUCACAUCUGUUCUGGUCCUGAAUCAGUCGUGGUAUAAUGAAAGAUUAGCUUGGGAUGAGGAGGAAUUCCCCUUCAACACUGUCACUGUGCCUUGGAAUUCAGUCUGGACUCCAUCCUAUACAGUUCAAGAAGCGUUUGAUGUAACAUGGAGAGUGGGAUCCCCUAACGUGGUACUUCACAGUGAUGGGAAAACAGAAUUUCAACUUGCUCUUCGCAUUGACAGCAACUGCAACUUUGACCUCUUCUAUUACCCAUUAGAUAGCAGCCAGUGCUUUUUGAGCUUUUUCUCACUGGACAGCAAAGUCAGUGAGCUGGAAUUCAGCACCUCCAUUGCAAAUAAAAUUCUGAAUUUAAAGCGUGAAUAUCUCAUCACAAACGUGAACAUUACAACUACAGGCCAAAGGAAUAUGGCCCAGCCUUAUUUUGCGGUCAUGAUAAAUCUAAAAAACACAGGAACACGAGUCCUCCUUUCCUCAAUAUUGCCAAGUCUUGCUGUUGAGAUAGCUGAUCUCUGUGGCUUCUUCAUCCGUCUCCAAGACAGAUUGUCAUACAUGAUCACUUUGCUUUUGGCAUACCUAGUCUUCUAUUCUUCCUUUAUUGGCUCCCUGCCAGAAUCAUCCUCCUGUAAUCCUCUGCUCAGUUAUUACUACACUGGCCUUCUCAUAUUACUAUUCCUUAGCACAGCUGAAACUAUUUUGGUGCAGAAGCUGGUCACUGGUAGUGCAAAUCUUUGUCUGAAUUAUAGAUUUAAAGCAAAAAAGAAAGGAACGUCUCUAGCAUCGAAUGACCAAUUAGAACGUACAAAGGAUUUUAAGAUAAAAGGCAAGUAA